AUGAGUUCAUCUCAGACCCCCGCAGCUGACCAGCUCGCAGUCGCUCCCUUCUCCCUUCUCAAAAGGGGCCACGAGGAUAAGUAUGCCGCGCGAGAAAUGGCAGCGGCGGCUUUAAGUGCCAGUGUCGAUCAAAUAGAGGACAUGAUGCCCUGUACACCAAUGCAGGCGGGCCUCUUAGCAAUGACGGCCAGAAAGUCCGGGGACUACACGAUGCUCUUACAACUGGAGCUGUGUGAGGCUACCGAUACGAAGAAAUUUCAGUUGGCUGUCGAAGCUGUGAUCGAAGAAUCACCAAUCUUACGAACGCGCAUUUUGGAUCUACCAUCUCUGGGACUGACGCAAGUCAUAAUGUGCGAGGAGGCUAAAUGGGCGCAUUUUUGUGAUUUAGAUCAUUGCAAGCGCAAAACCGAAGAACAAUCUAUGGGACUUGGUACUCCGCUUCAGCUGUUGAACAUUGUUGUCGGAGAAGGCGAAAACUCCGGGCGAUAUUUUGUGUGGAACCUUCACCAUGCAGUGUAUGACGGCUGGUCCCUGGAUCUGAUCCUAAAGCGGAUUGAUCUACAUUAUACUGGGGAACAAACUUUGUCAAAGCCAGUCGGUUUCCCGUCCUUCGUCAAACAUGUCAUGCAAAACAACGAGGUACAGGCUGCGAACCGCUUCUGGCGCCUUGAAUUUGAAGAUCUAGAGGCACAAAUUUUUCCGUUCCUCCCGUCGCCUGGGUAUCAACCACAAGCGGACCGACUCCAUGAGCAUCGCGUGACCGGGAUUCAGUGGCCUUCUACGAACGUGACACGGGAAACCGUAAUACGGGGUGCAUGGUCACUGCUAGCAGCCCAUUACACCAACGCCUCCGAGGUCUUGUUCGGAACGACAAUUUCGGGAAGGAGGGCUGAAAUCCCGGGAAUAGAAGAUAUCAUGGGCCCAACAAUUGCCACCAUACCCAUGAGAGUGGAAAUCAACUGGCACAAGAGUGUGAGUAGGUUUCUGAGCCAGCUGCAGAACCAAGGAGCGUCUAUGCGACCUUUCGAACAGACCGGUAUUCAGAACAUACGCAAAAUGGGCUCAGACGCAGAGCAGGCCUGUCAAUUUCAAACAUUGCUCGUUGUUCAGCCAGCAUCGAAGGCUGGCGCAUUCGCCAGUGGUUUAUACAGGAAAGUGACAGAUUAUAAGGAUAAUAGCACUCGUGGAAAAUUCAACUCCUACGCCUUAGCUGUGGUAUUCCAUGUGUCAUGCCGUGGCUUCCGAAUCGAAUUGAGUUUCGACUCAAACACAUUAGAGACCAAGCAGGCGGAACGAAUGGCUCGGCAAUUGGAGCAUAUUGUUCGUCAGAUCUGUGACUAUGAAAAUGGAACAGCUCGGGUCGGCGAUAUCCAUCCUCUGUCUAGCUCGGAUCUCGAAGACAUUUGGCGUUGGAACGAUACGGUCCCGGCUCCUGUUGAGGAAUGCGUUCAUGCUUUGAUUGAAAAGCGCUGUCGGCUACAGCCUGAUGCCACGGCAAUCGAUGCGUGGAAUGGGAAAAUCUCAUAUAAUGAGUUAGACCGGAUGUCGACCCGUCUAGCCCAAGCCAUGGUUCACUCUGGAGUUGGUCGUGGGACAAUCGUGCCACUUUUGUUUGAAAAGUCCAUGUGGAUGCCUGUGUGCAUGUUAGCUGUGAUGAAAGCCGGAGCCGCAGGUGUGGCAGUGGACACAAGUCAACCGGAAAUGCGGCAGCAAUUUAUUGUUCAAUACGUCAAGCCGCAGCUUGCGCUUUGUUCUACCAAGAACAAGGCAUUGGCUGAAAGGCUACUCGAUGGAGUUGGGGUGGUUGCUGUCGAUCAUCAGUAUUUUGAGAACACUUCGGCCUUUCUUUGUCGCGAUGGGCUAUUGCCCGAGGUGCAGCCUACCGAUUGGCUUUACCUGAAUUUUACGUCUGGAAGCACCGGAACACCCAAAGCCACCAUUGUUACACACCAGAACUUCCGCAGCGCCAUCCAAUAUCAGCAAGAUGAGUCAUUCUUCAGUCCUGUCUCCAGGGUUUACGAUUUCGCGUCGUACUCGUUUGAUGGUGCCUGGUCCAACUUCAUGCGAACCAUUUCCUCUGGGGGUUGUUUGUGCAUUCCCACCGAGGAUGAGCGAAACAGCAACUUGGAAGCGUCCUUGAACGCGAUGAAGGUAACAUACACGGCAAUGACCCCUUCAGCAUCUCGGAUUUUGGAUCCUUGCAAUGUGCCAUCACUGCAGACUCUAGUACUUGGAGGGGAGCCUCUUAACACCGAGGAUAUGAAGAGAUGGGCACCAAAGGUGAACUUGAAGAAUGUUUAUGGGCCAUCUGAGUGCACAACAUCUGCGACAAGAAGGGAUAUUCAGGAGCCUUGUACCCAGGCGGGAAACAUCGGUCACGCUCUGGGCGCUGUGACCUGGGUUGUGGAGGCAAGAGGUGGCGAUUUCCUAGCUCCAAUUGGGGCAAUUGGUGAGCUCUGGAUCGAAGGUCCCUUGGUAGGAGAUGGCUAUCUCAAUGACCCAGCAAAAACUGCUGCCAGUUUCAUGACAAGCCCCCAUUGGCUGACCUCGGGGACCCCUGGGAAAGCAGGACGCCAGGGCCGUCUGUAUAAGACUGGAGACUUGGUACGAUACAGCUCCGAUGGCUCGCUUAUUUUCGUCGGUCGCAAGGACAGCCAAGUCAAAGUGCGGGGGCAACGUGUAGAGCUUGAAGAGGUUGAAAAUCACAUUCAAACUUGUCUUCGGGACGAGUUCGGAGCCCCUGUGGCUUCAGAAGUCAUCCACCCAAAAGGCAGUCCGCGUCCCAUCUUGGCCGCAUUCAUUGCCAUCGGAGAAACCGUAAACGACGACACGGCGAUUGUCCGCGAGAAAUUGCAUUCGUUCAUAGAUGGAUUAGACAAUCGCCUGGCUGCUCGGGUCCCUGGUUACAUGAUCCCAAGUGUCUACCUUCCCAUCGAUCAUAUACCACGAACUACUACGCAGAAGAUUGACCGACGUCGAAUCCGUGAGAUUGGAUCGUCGAUUCCUCCAGAGCAACUAAGAGAAAUGCAGAAUGGUUGCAAGGAGCAUUCCCCCCCCGUCGACUGUGGCUGA